ACUGAGUCGUUGCUCGUUCAGUAUCAGCUGGGGCCGUACUCACGGAGGUUCACUGAUAGGGUGUUUUGGAAGUGACAUUUGUGUGACACACACUGAACUGCAUUGGGGACGGUUUGUUGCAUGUGUUCACGGUCAGUACAAAUAUUGUCCAGACAACUGAAACUUUCCCAGCUCCGGAUAUUUCACAUCAUCGCCAUGGAUACAGUACCACCUGCAGCUUCGGGGGUCCGCAGUGCCAGCAGUUUCCUCUUUGACAAGGCUUUUGUCAAUGGGCAGUGGGUCACAGCUAAGUCAGGCUCGGUGUACCAAAUCACCAACCCGUCAACAGGCAAGGCGAUUGGUUCUGUCCCUGACAUGAAUGCAGAUGACACACAGCAGGCCAUAGAGAAAGCUAAUGCUGCAUUCCUCAGGUGGAGGGAGACCACAGCAAAGGAACGGAGCUUGAUUCUCAGGAAGUGGUUUGAUCUGACCAAUCAAAAUAAGCUGGAGUUGGCUAAACUAUUGACAGCUGAAAACGGCAAACCAUUGAGAGAGGCCAUAGGUGAGAUUAACUACGCUGCUGGAUUUAUCGAAUGGUAUGCGGAGGAAGCCCGGCGCGUGUAUGGUGACGUCAUUCCAUCAACGGCUGCCAGCAAGAGGAUGCUGGUCUUGAAACAACCCAUUGGUGUGGCCGGCAUGAUCACUCCUUGGAACUUCCCCAGUGCUAUGAUUACCAGGAAGGCAUGUGCGGCCAUUGCUGCCGGCUGUUCUGUUGUCUUGAAACCAGCAGAAGACACCCCGUUAUCAGCUCUGGCCAUGUGUCAGCUUGCGAAGGAGGCAGGGCUUCCAGACGGAGUGUUGAAUGUGGUGACCAGUUCACGGGACAAUGCGCCCUCUGUUGGCAAUACACUGUGCGCCAGCCCCAUCAUCAAGAAGAUCUCGUUCACAGGCUCCACAGUAACAGGGAAGAUUCUUCUCCAGCAGUCAGCUUCUACAGUGAAGAAAGUCUCCCUGGAGCUGGGCGGCAACGCGCCGUACAUUGUGUUCGACAGUGCUGAUAUUGAGGCAGCGGUCCAAGGUACCAUGGUCAGCAAGUUUCGAUGUAGUGGACAGACGUGUGUGUGUGCCAACAAGAUAUUGGUUCAGGAAGGAGUGUAUGACCAAUAUGUUGCACGUCUCGCUGAAGUCAUGAAGCAAGAGCUGAGAGUUGGGGAUGGCUUUGACGACAGCACCACUCAGGGACCUCUCAUCAACAGCAAGGCUGUGGACAAGGUAGAAAGCAUAGUGGAGGAUGCCAAGAGACUAGGCGCAGGGCUGGUAUAUGGAGGCAAGCGAUCAGACAAGGGAGAGAACUUCUUUGAGCCGACACUACUCACCAAUGUCACUGUGGAAAUGAGAUGUGCUAAAGAGGAAAUAUUUGGACCAGUUGCUGCUGUUAUCAAGUUCAAGACGGAGGAGGAGGCAGUUGCCAUAGCAAACUCAUCAAAUUGUGGCUUGGCAGGAUAUUUCUACUCACAAAACCUGAGCCAGAUCUGGAGGGUAGCGGAGAAGUUGGAAGUUGGCCUGUGUGGUGUUAAUGACGGUCUCAUCUCCGCAAUAGAGGCGCCAUUUGGUGGAGUGAAGGAGUCAGGGCUUGGCAGAGAGGGCAGCAAAUACGGAAUCGAUGACUAUCUUGAGAUCAAAUACGUCUGUCUUGGGGGCUUAUAAUUGCCAUAUUAUUUGAAACAUGUUCUGGAGAAGUUAUGUCAAUAGGCUUUUAUGAUGCUGUGCAUACGAAUUCAAGUUCAUGAAUGGUGCAUGACUUCAUGAUUCCAAGAUUCACAAGCUCUGUCUUUAUUUUUGCUGAUUCAUUUUCUCAAGGUUUGUGAUUCUUUGAACUUAUGUGCAUCGUUUUACCUUGACAUCCAAAAUUAGGGGUCCACAGUACCCCCAAUAACUAAUUGUAAGGGUUCUUACAGCAAGUAAGAGGGUCCUGUAAAGAAAACACAAGGUCCCUGUUUCACAAAGCUAUCUUAGCUCUACGACUGUCGUACCUCCUAUACUGUAGCAUAUACUUACAACAGUGGAAGCGCUACGAUGACUUUCUGAAACAGGGCCAUGGUGUAGUUUACUGUAAGGUAAGAUUAAAAAUUCCUUUACUUACAGGAACUUUAUAAAUCUUCUCAAGAAUUUGGCUCAAUGGGUAUUUUUAUGCAUCACUUUUUUCGGCAUCUAUUUUGUACAUGUGUGCAUAUUGGAUGCACAUUUCUGCAAUGUGUUAACCGCUGUAUGUAUCUGACAUCUUAUAGUAUCAACAUUAAACAGCUGAAAUAGCAAAGUUAUGGUUAGUUGUUAGUGAGUGAGUGAGUGAAUUAGUUUAGUUUUAUGCAGCUUUUAGCAAUAUUCCAGCAAAAUCGCUGGAACUGUUAGUUCUACAUAGAUUUACGUGAGAAAGUGUUUUUGCAUGCAAUCGGUGUAUAAUCAAAUGUGCCAAAACAGCAAUGUGACCAUCAUUGUGAUAAUACUGUCAUACAAAUCCCCUUAUACAGAUGUUUCUUUCCAUGAAAAAUUAGUAUGAUCUCUUCAGUAUAUUGAGUAAUAUAUUCAAUCCACCUAAAAUGUAUAGUAGUGUACUAUGAGCCCUCUUUAGAAAUGAUGAAGUAAUUGUUGCUUGUAUUUGUGUUGUAACUUGAGACAAAUAGUGUCAUAUAAAAAAAUCUGAAGGUCUGUUGGUCAUAUUUUGCCCCUCCCCACGUUUCCUCAUGUGCCAUAGAGCAUCCUAGAAAGGGACACCUUGGCGGUCAAGUGACAUGGUUGAUUAUAUCAAUAUGUGUAGAGUAUUUGCUCAGAAGAGGCAAUGUUGGAUAAAACAUUUUAUCCUCUUGCAUAGAGCAACCAUAAGUUACAAGCUAUGGAGUAGAGUGAUAUUCAGAAUAUUUUGUUUUACAGGAAUAGUGAACAUAGCAAUAAAACCAAUUAGCAAUA